UGUUUGGUUACUGAUCGAUGCACUCAUAAAGGUGCGUUCACCUUCUGGCUCCGCCCAUUUCAAAGGUCGCUCGAGACCUUUCGACGGGGAUUUUUACUUUCUUUUCUCACUGCCUCAGAACACUGUGGCAACCUUUAAAUGUUUAAUUGGCCUGUUUUUAUCUUCCUGUUUAGCCUCGACUGUCGAGAUUAAUGUAGCAAAUGUGUUUUACCUUCCAAAUCGCCAUUAAGUAGCUCUUCCCACACAGAAGAAACACUAUCGAGUGAAGAUGGCAGAUGUUAUGUUUUUGGUUUAUUUUACAUGUUUCUGUUUGUAUCAAGAUUUAGUUUUCUGUGAUGACUAUGGCGAAAGUGGAAACAAGAUCACACUAAAUCCAGUCAUCCGUGGAAAACCUGAAGAAAUACUGUGGACACAUAAUGGAAACAAGGUUCUGGAGUAUGACGGGAGGCAGAUGGCCACAUAUGGCUCAUUUAAAGACCGUGUAGAUCUUGAUUUUGAAACAGGACAGCUCACAAUAAGAAAACUUAACAACCAAGACAGUGGCACAUAUCAGUCUGAAAUUGUGAUCAGUAAGAAGGUUCAUACCUCCAGUCAUACUUUGGCAGUUUUGGAUGCUCUGCCAGAGCCUCUGGUAACCUGUGAAGUGAACAAGACUUCAAAUGCGAAAAAACUGUCCUGUUCAGUGGAAUCCCAGACUGAGCCGAGCUAUGAAUGGAGUGGAUCUAAUGUAAAACAGCCAGGGCCAAUACUUGUUGUUAAUGAACAGGAGGAAAACCUUAACUCAGUCUUUACCUGCACUGUCAAGAAUAAAGCUGGAAGCAGGACCACAGACUUUAAUCUGCAAGACUGCACCACAGGCAGAGCAAACCCUGCUGUGGUUGUUCCAGUUUUAAUAGUUACAGUGCUUCUCAUUCUGCUUGCUGUGCUGGCAUUUUACUUCUACAGAUGUAAAAGACAACAGUCUUCAUCUCAAGCCACACUCCCUUGCUGUAACAGACUUACUGCUCCAAAUAAAAAAUGGGAUCAGGAAAGUGAAUUGGAGAAUGGAUAUGAAUCUCAUGAAGGACAAAAACUUUUGAAGCAAAAUCCGCAAUCUGCUACAACAGGAAAAAAUAAAGACGACACAGGAAAUACAAAUGGAGAACUUGACGAAUAUAAGGAAAACAGCGGAAAUGCAGAUGAAGCAGAAGAAAGCGCUAACAGCGAAGCUGAAAAAACAAACACAGAAAUAGAGAGCCAGAAAUUCUUAGAAACCCAAGAAGAAAAGGAGAAAAGUCAGAUACUAAAAAAUAAGAGGGAAGAUGAAGAAAAGAAACAUGAGGAUCCGUCUCGGAAUCUAGGAGGGCAGGAAAAUACAAAUGCAGAUAAAAAUAAGAACGACGAUGAAGAGAAGGAACAUGAGGAUCCGUCUCGGAAUCUAGGAGGGCAGGAAAAUACAAAUGCAGAUAAAAAUAAGAACGACGAAAAAGAGAAGGAACAUGAGGAUCCGUCUCAGAAUCUAGGAGGGCAGGAAAAUAAAAAUGCAGAUAAAAAUAAGAACGACGAUAAAGAGAAGGAACAUGAGGAUCCGUCUCAGAAUCUAGGAGGGCAGGAAAAUAAAAAUGCAGAUAAAAAUAAGAACGACGAUAAAGAGAAGGAACAUGAGGAUCCGUCUCAGAAUCUAGGAGGGCAGGAAAAUAAAAAUGCAGAUAAAAAUAAGAACGACGAUGAAGAGAAGGAACAUGAGGAUCCUUCUCAGAAUCUAGGAGGGCAGGAAAAUAAAAAUGCAGAUAAAAAUAAGAACGACGAUGAAGAGAAGGAACAUGAAGAUCCGUCUCAGAAUCUAGGAGGGCAGGAAAAUAAAAAUGCAGAUAAAAAUAAGAACGACGAUGAAGAGAAGGAACAUGAGGAUCCUUCUCAGAAUCUAGGAGGGCAGGAAAAUAAAAAUGCAGAUAAAAAUAAGAACGACGAUAAAGAGAAGGAACAUGAGGAUCCGUCUCAGAAUCUAGGAGGGCAGGAAAAUAAAAAUGCAGAUAAAAAUAAGAACGACGAUAAAGAGAAGGAACAUGAAGAUCCGUCUCAGAAUCUAGGAGGGCAGGAAAAUAAAAAUGCAGAUAAAAAUAAGAACGACGAUGAAGAGAAGGAACAUGAGGAUCCUUCUCAGAAUCUAGGAGAGCAGGAAAAUAAAAAUGCAGAUGAAAAUGAGGAAGACCGGGAACCUAAAGUGAACAAAGAGAAGGAAGAGGAAAACAAAGAAAUAGACAACACGAACAAAGAGAUUGUGAGUCCACAGUCUGCUGUGACAGGAAGAAUUAAAGUGGACACAGGAAAUGUAGAGGAACAACUACACAAAAAUGAGAAGAGCAGCCAAAAGGAAAAUAGUGACCAGUCAACUGAGCAGCAGAACAAGGGCCUAUCUAUUAAUGAGGAUGACCAGAGGCCAGAAGGGGAAAGGGAGGAGGAAGAGAAAACUGAAAAGAAAAACCACGAGGUGACUGGCAUACUACACACAGAUUCACCAUCUAACCUGGACACCAGAAUCCCAUCUUCAAACCUGAAAGUGGAAUUUGAAAAUAAUCAAGCUGCAUCCUUACCUCAAGAGGAAGAUGAUGAUGGUGAACAGACAGAUAAGAGCAGCGAGUCAGAACAAGGCAGGAAGGAAAAAAAGGAUGUUCCAGAAAUUAAAGAGACAAAAAAAUAACUUUCUAGACAACACAAACAAUUACCUAUAUGUGGCCAGAGGACAAGAAAGCAGAAACAGAGACCAACAGCUUCCCAAAACAUGCAAUGAAGGAAGAUCAUAGUUCAGAAAUUAGAGAACAGUUUUUAAACAAAUAGUUUUGUACAAAUUAUGAUGAUAAAGUUUAUAGUAAGGAAAGCAAAAUGGGCUCAGUUUUAUCAGCUGUGAAAGAGGAAGAGAAAAUCUGUCAACUAGAGCCAUGUGAAGGAAGUAAAGUUAGUUAAGACACUCGAGGGUGGAAAAGAUGAAGUAUGAGCUUGAACAAGGUGUGGAGAAGUAAUAUUCAAAUACUUAAGCAUAAAAAAUAGGGCUGUCAGUUUAUUAAUGUAGAACAAAUAACUUAGUAAAAUUAAUUUUAUAUAACUGAUUGUACUACAUGAAGAAAAAAAAUUGUUUAUGUAAAUAUGUGUAAGUAGAAUACCAUUACCCCCUUGUAUAUUUCCAUGAAAUUUCUUUAAAGCUGUCUGUCUGCAUCUGUAUACAAACCAACUAUCAGAAAUAGUAGAUUGAGCACUAAACACAUCCUUUGUGAAUGGCCACUAUAAGUCUACUUCAGACUGAUGGACAAACUCUAUUGGACAGUGUAUUGGUGUGGACUGUUGUCCAGUAAAAUAAUUUAGCAGACAUAAACAUUAUAUUGACAGUC